AUGAUGAGCCGCGGCAAGCUGGGACGGGCUUUUGUCGGUGACGUCUUCAAUUUCGCCGAUAUUAAUUGCCGUGAUGCUCGCGGGCUUGCUCGACGGCAGAUCCGCGCAUGUUUCCGCGCCGGAUGCGAACAAUGGCGCGGUACCGGGGAACGCGGAUCGUUGGAUCGUUGGAUCGCCGGUGGAACGGAAACGGGGCUGAUUCAUCGUUUGGAAAGCCAAGUCGGAUCGCCGGCCGCGUUCCUUCUUAGACUAGCUUUGGCCUUUGAAAACAGUUCUGUUGCGCAAACGCGUGACGCAAAAGGCGGGCAGAUCGGUCGGAUAGACCCGAAGGGGGGAAUAAUCGGGUCGUGUGCCGGAUACUCCGUGGCGGCGGUGAACCAAAACAAUGCGUCGACUGCUCGUUCCUUGUCCCUUGUGCCAGGUGAACGCGACAAGUCGCGAUCGUUUGACGUCAGCCGGCCUCUGGAAUGGCACACGGAAUGAUCGGAUGAUUAAUUGGCGAAUGGUCGACUGUGAAAGUGGCUAAUUUGAUCACGUGGGCGUGAACCGGGGGAGAUCCGGAUUGUCUCGUACGGAGAUAUGCCGCGUUGACGGCUCGAUGAUGGACGGGAACGAUAAGAUCUCAGUUACGUGGCUAAAUAGGAAGCGUACGUUUUUUUCGGGAAAUAAGCUUGACGCGGAGGAGGACACGAAGUAGUUAAAUUCUGAUAGUUAUUCAAAUAUCUAAGAGGUGAAACAAUGUUCCCUUUCUUUUUGGUAUUUUGACACUUCAAUCAUUUGCGUGAAUUAUUUCUGGUGGCGAAUGAUAUUUUAUACUUUCUUUGACGAGACUAUAGGAAUUGUUUUCUUCGAUCGUACAGGCUUUUGUUGCAGAAACGUUAUGAUGAAUAAAUAAGAUUUAGUUUGGGAUCACACGAUAAAAAUAACGUCUAUUAUUAACUUUUAAAGGGUCUUUUAAUUUUAGUUUGAUAAUUAAAGUUUAUGUUUAAUUUGUAUCAAAUUGCCAAAGGGAGAUAGAAUUUCCCCCGCGUCGUUUGGAAACGUAACGAGAUACUAGAGAAUUAUGUAAACCUUCAAAUAAUCUCGACACAUAAUAUUAAUAUUAAUUUAAAAUUACAAGGUGGUCACUUGAGGAUUGAAGAACAUAUAAUAAACGAAAGAUGA